CGCCCGCCGCCCCGCCGGAAGUGCUCUCCGGCCCGCUGCGCGGCGCCCCGGGAAGAUGGCGCAGGAGGCCGGCGACAUGGAAGAUGGGCAGCUUUCCGACUCGGAUUCCGACAUGACGGUGGCACCGAGCGAGAGGCCGCUGCCGGUGCCGAAAGCACUAGGUGGGGACUGCGCAGUGAGGCCCUUCCCGGGUACUGCAGCAGUGUGUGCGCCGGUAUCACAUUAUCGGACUGUGAAAAGUGUGGAUUCAAGUGAAGAGAGUUUUUCGGAGUCAGAUGAUGAUAGCUCUCUCUGGAAACGCAAGCGACAGAAAUGCUUCAAUAUUCCUCCCAAACCAGAGCCUUUUCAGUUUGGCCAGAGCAGCCAGAAACCACCUGUUGCUGGAGGGAAGAGGGUUAACAAUAUAUGGGGUGCAGUGCUGCAGGAACAGAAUCAAGAUGCAGUGGCCACUGAACUUGGUAUCUUGGGAAUGGAGGGCACUAUUGACAGAAGCCGACAAUCCGAGACCUACAAUUACUUGCUUGCUAAGAAACUUAAGAGGGAAGCUCAAGAACAUACAAAAGAAUUAGACAAAGAGCUGGAUGAAUAUAUGCACGGUGGCCAAAAAACGGGAUCAAAGGAGGAGGAAAACGGGCAAAGUCAUCUCAAAAGGAAGCGACCUGUCAAAGACAGACUAGGAGACAGACUAGAAAUGAACUAUAAAGGCCGAUAUGAGAUCACAGAGGAUGAUUCUCAAGAGAAAGUGGCUGAUGAAAUUUCUUUCAGGUUGCAGGAACCAAAGAAAGAUUUGAUCGCCCGAGUAGUGAGGAUAAUUGGGAACAAAAAGGCGAUUGAACUUCUGAUGGAGACUGCUGAAGUUGAACAAAAUGGUGGCCUUUUUAUAAUGAAUGGUAGCCGAAGAAGAACACCUGGUGGAGUUUUCCUGAAUCUCCUGAAAAACACUCCUAGUAUCAGUGAGGAACAAAUUAAGGACAUUUUCUACCUUGAAAAUCAAAAGGAAUAUGAAAAUAAAAAAGCUGCUAGGAAGAGGAGAACACAAGUGUUGGGAAAAAAGAUGAAGCAAGCUAUUAAAAGUCUGAAUUUUCAAGAAGACGAUGAUACAUCUCGAGAGACUUUUGCAAGUGACACAAAUGAGGCCCUGGCCUCUCUUGAUGAAUCACAGGAAGGACACGGAGAAACAAAGCUGGAUGCAGAGGAAGCCAUUGAGGUUGAUCAUUCUCACGAUUUAGACAUCUUUUAGUACAUUUUGUGUACUUCUCAACUAGUGUAAUAAACCAUUUCUACUGA